AUGACCAUACCACAUGCAUGUAUGGAGAGUCCUCACACGUUUAUGAGUUCGAGUGCUGGAGAAGAGAAUUCAGGUUCCGCAGUUGACUCAGGAACUCCUGCAAUAACAGAUACAUCAGAUAAAACCAGUAACCAUAAACCCAACCGAAUGUUGCUGGAGUUGCUAGAGGAUUCGAAUAAAUAUGAUAUGAGAAGUCAAUGCAGUCUGCCUGAAUCCUGGUUGAGAAAAAGACCACAAGUUAGCUACAAGCUGACGCACACUAAGGUUUUGAAGCAGGAUGAUAACAUGAAGAAAGCAGAGAAGAAUACUAGUAGCAGCAGACCAUCCAGAAAGAACAAGAAUAAAUUAGUUAAAAACGGUGUUGCAAUUAAAAGUACAAAAACUGUUAGCUCUUUGAAGAAGAACAAGAGUCGUAAAGAAGCUACUAAGAGGGUGACAACUUCCAAUGGAGCCUCAAAGGAGCAUAAGGUGAUAUCGAAAUCAAAUCAAACAAAAUUGCCAGACAUAUCGAACUUGGCUAACUUUGAGCCUGAAGAAAGUUCGCAGACUGCAGGUAAAUCUAGUAGUGAUUCCAACCAGCAGAAAAAGGGCAAUGAAUCGUUUAUAGUUGAUUCAGAUGAAAAGCUUAUACUAGCUCAUGACUUUUUUAACCUUGAUAACUUCAGCGAAUCUUUUAAUGGUAACAUAACCAGUUCGUUGAUUCUAUCUACAAAGGACACAGAGACCCAAAGGAUUAUUAGGGUUUACUCAAUUAUGUAUCCAGAACAUUAUGAAGAAUAUAAGAUAGAUUUUGCAAGCUACAGCAAGCAGUAUUACAAUUCGAUAGUGGAGAUUGGUAAAUUUAUAGAGUACGCGGUCAUGCUAUAUAUGCCACAACCUUUUUAUGAUCAAGGGACAAAAAUUGUGCGAAGCCUUAAUGAAGCCUUUGAUACUAUGAAUCAGGAGUUGUUUAUAGAAACCGUUGAAGAGUAUAACAAGGUGAUUACGUCAAUACCUAGAAGCUCUAUUAUAACUCGGCUUCGUUCUUUGAAGAGUAUACCCCGCUCAUUUAUCCAUGAUUUUCUCCAGAUUGCAUACUCCAGGUGCAUUUUGCCCAAUGUCAACGGCCUGAAGGAGUACCAAGGUUUCAGUAACUUUGUAUACGGCGAACUUCUGCCGAGCUUUCUGUCCACUGCAUUUGAUCAGUGUGGGUUGAAGUCAGAACAUCUAUUUAUGGACCUAGGGUCAGGAGUUGGUAACUGUGUUGUGCAAGCCUCAUUGGAGUACGGUUGUAAAUUAAGUUUUGGAUGUGAAAUUAUGCAGAAUGCUAGCGAAUUGGCGGAAUUGCAGCUUGAGGAACUUAGGAAUCGUUGUGCCUUAUGGGGCAUACGAGUAAGACCAAUUGAAUUUUGUCUACGCAAAAGCUUUGUUGAUAACCAUCGUGUGAAUGAGUUGCUACCUCAAUGCGAUAUUAUCCUGAUUAAUAACUUUAUAUUCGAUGCCAAGCUAAACCAGAUGGUGGAAAGGCUUAUUCAGAGACUAAAACCCGGUUGUAAACUUAUUACCCUGAGGAAUUUGAGACCCUCAGGCUAUACGAUUAACUUUUAUGAUGUUGAAAAUAUUCUGAAUAGAUUGAAAGUACAAAAAUUCGUCCUUCCAGAUGAUAGCGUAUCCUGGACCUACAAAGGUGGAGGUGAAUAUUAUAUUUCCACUGUUGAAUCAGACAUUGAUGACUCCGUCUUUCAUUCCUACGCAAAGGGUAGGGUCAGAAGUAAUAAAACGAUAAAAUACACACGCUAG